AUGAGUUCUGCGGUGCAUCCUAAGGACCUCGAGAGUUCUUCCAGCGAUGGCUCAAUUCAGAUUCCUGCCCCAGCUGCUCGCCCCAGGAUAUCUCGGUCUCAGACCUCAAAGAGCUUAUUUCUAGGCAUGAAGGAUGUGGACAGCUAUACUCGUUCAGUCACUAUGGCGCAAUUCCUUUAUCGUCGAUUUCAGGAGAAAGGCUGGUUACACCCUGAUCCAGCUGCAAGGCUCACUUCUUCACUCGGCAUCAUCAUCCGUGUUGAGCCUGAAACAGAGGAGGAAGUACAAUUUGUUUCAAAGCCAGAUGACACAGAUUCCGACUUGCAAUUGAUCAGCGCAAAUCUUGGCCUAGAAGCUGUGUUCACCAUGUCAUCAGAUAUCACAGCUUUGAUCUUUAAGCGAAUUGGGAAGAAUGAUUCAGAAGUGACCUUGUCACCACACAACAUCACCGUUCCCGUUGUGGAUUCAUUGAGCGCAUUGGCUUUUGAUAACUCCAAUGUGAGAAGACGAGACUUCUGCUGCUUCUCGAGGCAAGAGAAGGCCGUCCUCAUCUGGACGAAUUCGCCUGAUGAGCUCAUGACACACGCAAUUGAGGUAGAAACUAAGCUGAUGGGCUCUAUAUGGGGAACUAUGAUGGUUUCUGGAACUCAAAGUCCUCGACUCAGCCGCCCAUUAACAAUGAAUGGGCCGGGAGGUCUAACUCCAUAUCAACAUCGGACACCAAGCAUAAUCUCCGAUAGCCCUAGCCGAGCCUAUACGCAUUCGAACGAGAAGGGUCUAGUCGUACUCGAUGAAGUUGAUCUUACUGCCGAAGACGAAGAAUCCGCGGCACCUGUUGCCCGCCCAUUUCUCCUUUCCCAUUCUGUUAUGGUUGGCCUCGCCAUGUGCUUGCUGAUGGUCAUUGAAUGCUUCGCCGUACGCUUGAUUAUUAUCGAAAUCAAGGCGCUUGGCACUCCAAUGCUUCCUCGUCUUGGCUUGUUGGCACCACUACCUAUCUUUAUGUUUUUCACGCUCUUUUUCACCAUUGUCAUCAUCGGUACUGGUUUCCAGAUGUUCGGUCCAAUGAACGACGUCAAAUAUGGUAACUCACGCUUUUACAGCUCACAGCCUCCAAGCCUCAAGCGUCAUCCAGAUUAUCAAUUCCCGCAUGUUACCAUUCAAAUGCCUGUUUAUAAAGAAGGUCUAAAAGGUGUCAUCAUUCCUACCAUCGAGAGUUUGAUGCCGGCUAUUCGUCAUUACGAGUCCCUCGGCGGCACAGCCAGUAUCUUCGUCUGCGAGGACGGCAUGCAAGCUGUUAGCCCCGAGGUUGCUGAGAUGAGGAAGAGGUUCUACAAAGCUAACAAUAUUGGUUGGUGUGCUCGACCACCUCAUAAUAAAGACGGUUUUGUUCGAGCUGGAAAAUUCAAGAAAGCCUCAAACAUGAACUACGCCCUUAGUUUCAGUCUUCGGGUCGAGGAUGAGCUUCUGCGUUUGAUGAAGUUAAAGGCUGAUGCAGAGGGAAGAACUCAAGAGUCUCUUUCUAUUGAGGAGGAAGAGGAGCUUUACCAGCAGGCUUUACAAACUGCUCUUGAGGGCGAUGAAGGCAAGACUUGGGCAGAGGGAAACAUCCGUAUGGGAGAGAUCAUUCUGCUUAUUGACUGUGAUACCCGAGUUCCUGUUAAUUGUCUUUCUCUUGGAGCCUUGGAAAUGGAGGAAAGCCCUGAAGUCGCUAUCAUUCAGCAUGCAUCCGGUGUCAUGCAGGUUAUUCACAGUUUCUUCGAGAAUGCUAUCACUUACUUCACCAACCUCGUUUACUUGCUCAUCAGAUUCUCAGUCGGUAAUGGUGACUGCGCACCAUUCGUUGGACACAACGCUUUCCUCCGGUGGAAAGCCAUUCAAAGUGUCUCAUUCAUGGAGAAUGGCAUUGAGAAGUUUUGGUCUGAAAGUCAUGUGUCUGAAGAUUUCGAUAUGUCUCUUCGGCUUCAAACUGCUGGCUUCGUUGUGCGACUUGCAACCUAUGAUAAGGGUGAAUUCAAAGAAGGUGUGUCACUCACCGCGUUCGAUGAGCUGCUUCGAUGGGAAAAGUAUGCAUAUGGUUGUUCAGAGCUGAUCUUCCAUCCUGUCUACCAAUGGAUAUACCGUGGCCCCUUUACCGAACUUUUCCGUCGUUUCCUCUGGUCGAACAUGAAGGUAUCAGCAAAAUUCACAAUUCUCGGAUAUAUCGGAACUUACUAUGCCAUUGGCGCAUCGCUUCCUCUGUCUAUUGCCAAUUACUUCCUGACAGGUUGGAUUGCAGCAGACUUGGAUCACAGCUAUCUCCCCAGUUGGGACAUGCUUUGCGGUACACUUUUUAUUUUCGUUGUUGUUAGUCCGAUUGCCUUUGCAUGGUAUAGACAUCGAAUAGGCGAUAAAAAGUUCCUCUGGGCCUUGCUAGAGGCGUUCAUGUGGAUGCCCUUCUUCGUUAUCUUUUUCGGUGGUGUAUCCUGGCAUAUUUCGUAUGCUCUCCUGGCUCACAUGUUCUGUCUUCCCAUUGAGUGGUCAUCAACAGCCAAGGAACUUGAAGCUGGUGGUUUCUUUAUUGGUAUGGAGAGGGUGUUUAAAGCGUUCAAGAUGGUCCUGCUGUUUAUGGCUUKCUUGACUGCUUGUGUGAUCUAUAUGGCUCAAUUCGCACCUUAUGGGUGGAAGAUCAGUUCCUGGACAUCCAUUCUGCCAGUGGCUAACCAAAUCGUCGGUCACGUCUUGUUACCUGUGAUGACCAUUCUGCUUUAG